UGUAAAGUAAACCCAUGUUAGAAUUCAGGUGAUCACGGAGAGGAUAUCAUUACAGUAAUGGGGAAAAAAGCAAGAAAAAACCAAAGUGUUCACACAGAGAUUUCCCCUGCUCAAACUCUCAUUGGGUACUCUGGAAAGGUGCUUUUGAAAAAGUUAAAACCAUUAAGAAGAUCCCGCUCAGACAAAGUUAGGGAGAAAACAUUGGAACAAGAUUAUCUCGCCAAAUGCAGUGCACUUGCUUGUCGCCUCCAAGAUCACAGAAAUCUGUUAGAGUUGAUGGUACAAAUGGUAUGCUGUAAUGGAAAGGAUAAAUGUGUCUCAACUGUAUGCCAGGAGCUUAAAGAAAAGCAUGAUGGUAGUAUAAAACUCAUCAAAUUCCACUUUGAGGAGGUAGGAGCUACUCUAGACGUGCUUCCACAACAGACUAAAGCAUCCUUGUGUGAGAUGAUGGAUAGAGAUGAAAAACUAAGGGUCAAAUUGGACAAAGUUUUCAAGAUUGUUCAGGGACAAAAAUCUAAGGGUCCCAAGAGUUCUCAUUUAAAUUCUCCAGCUGUAUUUAAAGCUGCAAACUCACAUUCAGGGGAGGAAUUGUUUCAGAUAUUUGUGCACGGCAUCAAACAUGACAGGCCACUAGUUUUGAUUCUUAGGCAAGACGAACUGGGUCAAGCUUUGAGAAAUACUGUCUUAGAGAAAUGUCCAAGUUUACCACGUUCUUUUAUAUUUUUGCAUCAGGGACGAAAGAUUUGUCUCAUAAAAUCAUUGAAAGAACAAGGGUUGACACACGAUUCUAACAUCCAUGUACAUUUUGGAUUACGUGGAGGAAUGGAUAGUGCUAAAGACCCUGCGCUUGAAAAUAACAGAGAAAUGGACCCAAGAAAAUGGAAAAAGGCGAAAGUUAUCCAAUGGAUUGACGACGUUUGCGAAGAGUAUGAGAUUGAUGGAAGUGAUGUAUUAAAGCUGAAGACGAUCUCAGGCGCCGGACUUACGAAAUUAACACGGCAAGACUGGAUUGAAAGAUCUCCAAAUCAAGGCGAUUUCUUUUUCAACCUUUGGACAGAACUAAUCGCUGCUUUCGAAGAAAAUGUAAAUGGUACAACUAGUAGCGCAGAUGAUGGCACAAAGUCAUCAGAGACGGGCGCGGGAACGACAAUAAAUCAAGAAUCUGAGAGCGACGACACCCUUAGAGAAACUGCAAAACGAAAAUCUAAAAGGUCAGCUUCCCCAUGUGACGAUCCUUCUGCUUCUAACUCAAGUUGUGGCAAUUCGCAAAACAGUAGGUCGGAACUGCAGGGUUUGUUUGGUACUGUCGAGAGUCUUGACAAGAUUAGAGAUCAUCUCUACAUAGAUGAACUUUUGAGGAAGACUCCACCUGAUGGCGAGGUGAUAACUCUUAAGGGGCUUUGUUUCUCCACACCAAGAAACCGUGGGGCAGCGGGAACAGUUUAUCUUAGAAAUGAAUCGAAGGUGGAUGACGCGUUCGUAGAACUUGAUGUAGAGAUUAAAGUGUCUCCAGAAUCCAAAGUACUAAAUAGGCACAAAAUUUCGACAAUUCUGGAUGUGAAGUUGAGUGAUCCAUUGGUUGUGAGAGGGAGAAUACAACGUCCAGAUAAGGAAAUUGUAUCUAUGACGGAGGGUGUUCAAAGGCUUCCGUUCAAAGUGGUUGUGGACUCCGAUGAACAUGCAGCUGUUAGAAAUGAAGCUACCGUAUCACCCGCGUAUUCGAGACCAAAGUCUGAAACAUUCCUUACUGCACAUGGAAUAUUUUCAGCUGAAGGAACUAACCAGGAAACCAUUUUUCUAAAUGAUACUCUUAGAAAAAUACGUGGCAAUUUGUAUUGUUUGCCUGAACAGCCGUUAGAAAAAAUGAAAGAAAGUAUGGUUGCGCUUAAAAAUAGUUCAACUGGAGAUAUUUUUGUGGGUGUCAGUCCCGAUAGAAGAGCUGUAGGUGCUAAAGUUUCAAGAGCAAUGGUUAUUAAGAAGAGAGAGGACAUGGCUAGAGCCUUGGGUGAAAUACUGCCAAAUGUUAACGAAAGUGUAGAUAUUUGUGCAACCGCAGCAGAAGCAGAUGAAUGUGUGGAGAGGAGAAAGGACUUUGUGGCUGCCAUGUGGCUGCAAAACAAAAGCCUUUUGCCACACGAGGUUGAGGAAGAGGAGGAAAUUCCAAUCCUAUUUCGUAUUCAUGUGGUAAAAGGAACCUCACAAAUCAGUUUUAUUAAGAAGGAGCACACUCGGGCUUAUACACGCGUUGGGGCAGAAACAAAACUGAUGGCCGACUACGAAGACCUGUUCAACAGGCUCGAAUCACUGGCAAGUCGCAACAUUCCAGAGAAAACACCAACAUAUUUGAAAAAAGAAAUAGAGAAGGGUUCCAAAUAUGUGAUAGAUAGUGACGAGCGCCGUGUCUUCGAUAAAGUUAGGUUUGAAACAGAUAAGAAAGAGUUCAAAGAGGUUUUUGGCGUUGAUCCAAAAAAAAUCAUUUUAGAAGAUCAUAUCAAGAGGUACUCUGCUUCAUUUCUUAACACGGACGGAGGUGACAUUUACUUUGGAAUACAAGAAGACACAAAGACCAAGAUUGGUUAUGUUGUUGGGGUAUUCAUGUCUGAGCAAGAUCGCAAAGAAUUAGUCAAAGAGUGCAGCGAAAUAAUCUGUAACUUUUGGCCUUCCGUCGACAGUAGUCACUUUUUCAUGAAGUUUACUAAAGUGAAAUUUGACUCAUCGAAAAACAUCGUAAGAUACCCAGAAAGCCACGAGGAAAGGGCGAGAAAGUUCUUCGCAGUCAGUUUUCAUAAGGCACAUGACGUUCCGAAGUUUAUCAAACACGCCAAAUCAAAGGUAGAUCAGCUCCUAACUGUUUUACGUCUUAAAAACAAUCGAUGCUGUAUUUUAGUGAAAGAUGCAACACAAUUAAACGUGGAGAACUUUAUUUCGGAGAUGGAAAGUGAAAGUGGCAAGUCAAAGUACUUCCAAGUGGCUGUUGCUUCGCCUGAGGAGGUAGAAGACGCAAGAGACAGCUUUUGCGUGGUUCAUCUCCACGUCAGCGCAUCACAGUAUCCGAUUCACCUAACAGGUCCCUUAUUGACUUUCAAUCUUGAUCCGGGAGGAGAGGUAGCUGAAAUGAAACCCACAAAACUUUUGGAAUGUUUUAAAAAAACAGACUACAGUAUUGAAUCUGAUAAACUACUGAACGCCUUGAACAGAUUUGAAAAGGAAAGUACAUCCUAUGUCUUGGUCUGUUCACCAUUUUCCCUCCAAAGACAAGACCGCGAUUUAUACGGCAUUGUGGUUCCCGAAUGGGCUCUAGUACUAGAUUUUGAUCAAACCCCGAAUCAGGAUGGACAUCUUUUGAAUAUCUUUAAACCCCUUCAUGAUCGCCAUCAGGUGGAAAGAAAUCUUUUCGUGAGAACUCCUCGUGAUCGAAGACUACAGUUAGACCCAAGUAACGGUGUUUGUUGGUGUGCUGUCCGUGGCUACGAAGACGUAAACAAAACUCUUGCAGAGGAGGGCCACGCCUCGUGGAUGAAGUCUCAUGGUCGUCAUAUGAGGACCCUCAUUGAACAACUUAUUCUCCACGUAAGCCCAAACCAGUUAGUGGUGGUCUGUUUGUGGGACGAUGGUCAUGAAGAACUGCUCCCGUCUCUAUAUGCUCUUUUAGAGGACUUGUUGUCCUCCUGGGGACCCACAAAGAUAAUAUUUGUCUGCUCCAAUCCACUUGCAAAGUCCGUUGUGUUAUCAGGGGUUGUGGAUCCUCUAGAAAGAGCAAGAUUUGAAGUUAAGCGAGACAACGUUAUUGUCGCCUUACCUCAUGAAAUGGCACGUCACGUAGGAGCUGCACUCCCACCACCUUACCGGUCUGAGGAUGCUUUUCAGGUCCCGAGGAGGUUCUAUUAUCAUGAUGUAGAGAAAACCAUUCCAGACACUUUACCUCAACCGAUUCGGCAAGCAAUUCAAGGUCAUAUACAGCUCAUGUACCUGAAUAACGCUACUCCUUUUCAGUCAAAAUCAGAGGAUGAGGACAAAGUAAGGGUCAAGUUUUUCUCGGGUUCUGAAAUUGACGAGAUUGGUUUGGUCUGUGGAAUUGCCAUUGAGAGAGAAAAGAUGAAGGAGGUGAAAAAAGAGCUAAGAUCUUUUUUGACUGACAAACGGUCUCAUGUCUGCUUUACUAUCCUGAAAGCAGAGAGAGGAGCUGGGGCAACAACAUUAUGCAUGCAGCUUUUGUUUGAGUUUCACAAGCAGUAUGUCUGUGCACGCCUACUAGAAUUUAACGACAGCCUUGGCACUAACAUAGAAAAGAUCACUCAAUUUUCUCGCCUCCCUCUAAUUCUUUUCGUUGACAGUGAAAUGACAGUUUUACCAGAGUUCAACGACUUUAAAAACGAGGCAGAAAGGAGGAAUUUAAAUUUAAAGUUACUUGUGGUCGAGUCCUACCCGUUGUACAGUCAACAGAAAAAGAAGCAAUCAAUACCAUAUUUCGUUGGUACCGCACCUUUCAAAACGAUGGAGCUGAGUCGGGAACUCACCCAAGGUGAAGUGGCACAGCUGGUGGAUCAGUUUCUCAAACUAAAAGAUAUUUCAGAAGAAAAGAAGGUUCAACUCAAGGUGCUUAAGGAAAGGGUGGCAAGAGAAUGUUCCUUGCGAAAAUUUGCUUUUUUCAGCCUAACAGUGUUUGGUAAAAAAUUUAGUGGCUUAAAAAGUUACGUUCAGUAUCGUUUGGCUCAUGCGAACGAGUUACAGCUCCAGAUUUUGGAAUUCUUGGCUCUCAUACACGUAUAUACAGACUUUCUCUUUCCUGUAAAUGCUUUUGCUUCAAUGGCAAAAACAAAUGUCGUCCUACUUGAGAAAAUAUUCAGUAACGAUGAUGUCAGAGAGCUAUUAAGUCCUCCUUCAUCGGACGGAAGAAACCUCAGAAGGAUAUCUUUUGUUGAAGUUGCAGAAGAAUUACUUCGUCAGCAAUCUGAGAAACGUGAAUUGAGUCUCACCCUUUACUUGAAAGAUGUUGCGCUUCGUCUGGCAAGGUGUGCCCUAUCAGACCCACGAUCUAGCAAGAAAAUUGAACGCAUAACGAGACAACUCUACAUUACCAGUGAGUAUGGGAGUGAGAAAUUUUCGCCACUUGUGCGAUUUAUGAGGGAGAGCGACCAAGACGCGGCACGCGACAUGCUGUUGGAGCUAAGUGAAACAUUCGAAAAUGGUACGAGUGUGUGGGCUCAUUUACUGGCUCAUCUGGCCAAAUACUACAUGAUUGUAUAUGAAGACUUUCAAAGUGCCAUCCCUCGCAUUGAAGAAGCAGUAAAAGCGCACAAAGAAGACCCUCUUUUACAUCAUAUUCAUGGUGACAUAAUUCGUCUUCAGGUGCAAAACCUAAAAGAUCAAAAGAAGUUCUCUUUGGAUGAAGUUGUUCGUAAUUCUAUACGGAGCAGUUCCUGUUUCGAGAUUGUGAAAGAUAAAAGGCCCUUGAUGGAACAUGGGUACUCAUCUGAUGCCCUUGUCAGGAAGAUUGUCAUGCUUGCAGCCAUGAAAUCAGUUGGUAGAUCCCACUUUGUCGACUAUCUGAAAGUGUUUCUGGAAGAAAAAAUAGUGAAUCACUCUUUUUCUACGCUGUCUGAGGAGGACAAGUACAUCCUUGCUCUAGUGCCGGAUUCCUUUGCAAAUCUCCGAGCAGUGCCAAUCAAUGAGCAUACUGCAAAAUUGAAAGACAAUCUUUUGGAAAACCUGGGAAGUCUUGAAGAGAUGAAAGUAUUUUGUGAGAGCCUUAAAGAAGUGACCAAAGGUUCCAGCGAUGAAGAUUGGGUAGACGCUGUGGUCCUUCAAACAUUGUCUCUAAUCUACUCACUGGAAAUUGAGAGGCGACAAUUGCAACCGGAAGAGGCCGACGAAAGAAUUCGAAAUCUGGAAGACUUAAUGAUGACAAAUCCUUACCAUGACGAGGAAUCCAUGAAGAUCUGGAUCCGAUGCGUGCGACUAGGGUCAAAAGUUCCUCCUCUAAAGGCAGUCAGACGCAAAAUCGACGCAUGGUUGAAGUUUACAGGAAGAAGAUCGCCUUUUGCUCUAUUUUACAAUUAUGUUGUUGCGAUCUUGGAAGCAGUAAGUGACCCUGAUGACAAGGAGAAAAUGAACAAGGCUACCAAAUAUGUUGAAGAAUUUCUGCAUAAAAGGUCAAGAAGGCUCAAAGAGGUUUCACGGGAUCCCUUUCUCCCGGUCGAAUGGCUUCAUCCAAAAGUGGGUCGUCAUAUAAAUUCGUUAGAUUCCUUACUAUAUCACGAAGACUUGGUAAGAGAAUAUUUAAAGCGAUCUUCACGUCAGGGUCAAAAACGCGGUGGGAAAGAGAUAAUCGAGAGAGCCUUAUUCGAAGAACAGAUAACCAAAUGGAAAGGAAUAGUAUCAGAAAAAAUUAGUGACUGGAGAGGGACUAUCACCUUCAAAAACCGCAUCAGUGUGUCUUUUGUCCCCAUCAACGUACAACCUUACAUGCCAAAUGAAGGAGACGAAGUACAGUUUUGCCUCGCCUUUCACUGGACAGGUCCCUUUGCUUGGCAUGUAGCUUGUCCUCCUGGAAUGGCCAAAGCUCAGAAAGCAGCUGCGCGCGUAAGCCAAAGUUUACCGAUAUAUAAAGAAGACAAGGACUCUACUGAAAAAGAUUUCAGUGAAGAUGAUGAAGAACAUGAUUUUUUACCUUUGGUUGGUACACCUCUCCAUCGUGAACCAGUGAGGCUUCGACAGAAAAGUUCAGAGGUGGACGAUUGGACUCGUCAUUUGGAUGAAGAAAUGCAAGGGAUAGUAGUCCUGGUGAAGCCUGACAAAGGUUAUGGGCGCAUUUUUCACCCAAAAUAUGAAGAACGCCUCUUCUUUCACGCGAAACAGUUCGUUCCUCCUGUAGACGAUCUCGAUGACAUAAAACUCUACUCAGUGGUUUCUUUUACCGUCGGAAAAGCCGAAAAAGGACCCAGAGCGAUGAAUGUCAUGAUGGUGGAAGAAGAUCUCAUCGAUCCACUUCUGAAAGAAAAUCGCAUAAGACUUCACGAAGAAGAGAAAGCAGUGAAUCCAGCCACACCAGCAGUUUAUCGAGAGGCAACAAGGACAGCGACAUUGCCAAAGUCUCUGGAAGAUCUUUACCGCAUGAAGUCUCGGCUGGAAGGUUAUGUAUGCAGCCUUGAAGGUCCUCCAAGGUUCAACCAAGUUCGUGGUUUUAUAGAAGUUCCUUCAACCCGGGAAAGAGUAUUCUUUCACGAGUUUAAGUCUGGCAUAUCAAAGGAAGACAUACCUCACCUUCGCCGUGGCACUAAAGUUCAAUUUAGUGUUGAAAAAGGUUCAAAGGGAUUUUUUGCUCAAAAUAUGUAUAUUCAGCAUCCCGAAUCAGAGCAAGCAUCUCGAGGCUCUUCUUGGGAUCUUUUCCCGUCCAGAGGAAUUCAAGAGGGUUACAUUGCAAAGCUUGAGAGUACGUAUGGUUUCAUAACAAAAUACCACCCGUCUGAAACUUGGUUAGAGCCGAGUAGAAUUUUCUUUCAUGAAAGUGAUUUGCGAGGAUAUCAAUUCAAUCGGUUAGUCGUCGGUGACAGAGUACAUUUUUCUCUUGGAAAGAACGAGAAAGGAUAUUUUGCUCAAAAGAUUGACGUACAGAGUCAGCCUCCUGUGGUUAUUGUAAAUACCCAGGGAGGCUACGGUACCACUUCGUCUUGUGGUCCAGGUUUUCUUCCCAGAAGUCAUCUAAUGCCCAGCAUUGGACAAUUCAGUCAGCUUCAGUAUGCCGGGUCUCCGAAUUCGCCAAAUGCAAUGGGCGGUCACCCUCUUCAAGAACCUGGUUCGAUUGGAGCGGGCAGGCAACAUGUAUCUGAAAGAAUGGCUGGUGGUCCUUUUCAAGAACCUGGUGUUCGGACGGACGCAGCAGAUUGGCAUAUUGAAUCUUGGAGACGAAAACGACGAUAACAUCGAAUUUAUAAACCAUGAAGGAAGUGAUAUGGGAACUGACAGUUGCAUUUUGCUCGAACGACUUCCCAAGCACGUAUUAUUUUUAUGUCCAGGAA